AUGUCACAUUCAACUGAUUUUUUUAUUUGUCAGUUUUCUCACGAACUUCACUCUUUCUUAACCUUUAUCUCCCUCACCCUCUUUGUCUCUAUCUCCUCUCUCUUUUUUUCUCUCUUUUUCUCUCUCUCUCUAUCCUAUGUUAAUACCCGUCCUAUCAAAAAAAAAAAAAACUUCAAAAAUAUUCAUUUCUUUUUUUUUCUCUCGAUCCCUUUCUUUCUUUUUUCUAUCUUUCUUUCUUUCUUUUCACUAUCUUUCUUUCUUUCUUUCUUUCUUGUUAUUUAUUUAUUUUACUUUCUUUCUUUCUUUCUUUUCCCUUUCUUUCUUUUCCCUUUCUUUCUAUUUUUCUUUUUAUCUUUCUUUCUUUUCUCUUUCUUUCUUUCUUUUUAUUUAUUUCUUUUACUUUUUUUCUUUCUUUCUUUCUUUCUUUCUUUCUUUCUUUUCUCUUUCUUUCUAUUUUUCUUUUUAUCUUUCUUUAUUUUCUCUGUCUUUCUUCCUUUUCUCUUUCUUUCUUUCUUUCUUUAUUUCUUUCUAUUGUUAUUUCUAUCUUUCUUUUCUUUCUUUUUUCUUCUUAGUUCCUUUCUUUCUCCCUUCUUUUUUCCUUAA